AAGACCAGCAUCCUGGCGAACCGCAACGGUAACAACGGAAACGGUGGUGGUAGCGGUGGCGGCGGUAAUAACGCUGCUGCUGGCGCCGGCGGUGGUGGUGGUGGUGGUAAUGCAGCAGAGGGAUCGCGACGUAACGGCGUUGCUGCAGCCGCUGCCGACAACGUUGCGGGGGGUGCUGGCGAGCAAGGCGCUGCAGCAGGUGCCGGAGCAGCUGAGUGGAAUCCAGAAGAAUUCGACCGUUUUAGCUUCGAUGACUCUGUUCGUUUCGAAGAAGAUUCACUCUGUAGUUGGAGCUCUGAGCCAGAAUCAUUAUGUAAUAACUGGCGAGGUUGGAAGAAACCCUCAUGUUUCGGUUUGACCAACACAGUAACAACAGCCAGCGCAAGUUCAACGCCUGCUAGCAAUGUAGCCCGGAAAGCUGACACUGAUGGUGACGUCUCUUCACUCACCGAACUUGCUGCACGCUGUGUCGCCUCAUAUAUCCCCUUCGAAUUGGUCGAACAUGUCUAUCCGCCCGUACCGGAGCAAUUGCAAUUGCGUAUUGCUUUUUGGAGUUUCCCCGACAAUGAGGAGGAUAUACGCCUGUACUCGUGCUUGGCCAAUAGCUCAGCGGAUGAAUUUAAUCGCGGCGAUCAACUGUUCAAGACACGCGCCGUCAAAGACACACUACAAAUCGGUUUUCAUUUAUCCGCCACUGUAGUGGUACAGAUGCCACGUGGACACUUCAAUGUGGCCGUCACCUUCGAUCGUAGGCGCAUCUCGUCGUGCAAUUGUACUUGCACAUCGUCCGCCUAUUGGUGCUCGCACGUGGUCGCCGUCUGUUUACAUAGAAUUCAUAAUCCCCUAGAAGUAUGUUUACGUGCACCCGUCUCCGAAUCAUUGACGCGUCUACAACGCGAUCAAUUGCAGAAAUUCGCGCAAUAUUUAAUCAGCGAAUUGCCGCAACAAAUACUACCGACAGCGCAACGUUUGCUCGAUGAGCUGCUCAGCUCACAGCCCACUGCCAUCAAUACAGUGUGCGGUGCGCCUGAUCCGACAGCUGGUGCUUCUGUACACGAUCAGACUAGUUGGUAUUUGGAUGAAAAGACAUUGCAUGCUAAUAUUAAGCGUAUUUUAAUUAAAUUUUGCCUACCGGCACCCAUAGUUUUUAGCGAUGUAAAUUAUUUAACAAACUCGGCACCACCAGCGGCUGCCGAAUGGAGUUCACUACUGCGUCCGUUGCGUGGUCGUGAACCCGAGGGUAUGUGGAAUUUGUUAUCAAUCGUACGUGAAAUGUAUAGACGUUGUGAUCGUAAUGCGGUACGCCUGUUGGAGAUCAUCACUGAGGAGUGUAUGGUGUGCGAUCAAAUAUUGAUAUGGUGGUUCCAAACGAAAUUAUCACUGAUGAUGGGCUCGCAUGGGCAUAGCGGCGGUAAACACUCGAAUACACAUUCGAAUUCGACAGCCCUCCAGCAUGCAUGCAGCUCGCUGUGCGAUGAGAUUGUAGUGUUGUGGCGUUUGGCGGCGCUAAAUCCUGGUUUAGCGCCCGACGAACGGGACAUGCUGCAUGCACAGUUCACUGCAUGGCAUUUGAAGAUACUCGAUCGUGUGGUGAAGUGUCGCAUGAUGCCACCGUCGUAUAGCAAUAAGCACCAACAGAAUUCAAGAUCUGAUGCCGAAAUGUUUGUUGGUUUCAAGCCAGCCAUCGAAGCUUGCUAUCUGGACUGGGAGGAGUAUCCAAUACCGGGCAUUACACAUACGCACGAUACGAAUCCCAUAUAUUAUAGCCCUUUCACGUGUUUCAAGCACACCGAUUCGAAAAGCGAAACGAAUAAUGGCCAACUAAAUGCUACACAAGCGGUAAUGGCAAACAACAAACAUUACAACUACAUCAGUUCAUCGACGGAUCAUGGCGCACGCGGCACGUUCAAACAACGUCACGAGCGUCUCUUUGUGGAACGCUUCUACAUUUCGUCCAGCAAUAAUUCGAGUAACUCCUCAAGUGACAGCGUACAUGCGCGUCUACAUCAAGGCUCCAGUAAUGUUAAUGCCGCUGCAACGGAUGGCUCAAGUGGCAAUGUUGGCGCAAUGGUCGCAGGCGCCAGCAACGCCUUGGCUAAUGUAGAGGUUGCAAAUAGUUUACGUAUAGAUGCGGGACCAAGUGGGAGUGGUCAUGGUGGUGGCAGCGCCGGUGGUGGCGUACCGGGUGGUGGUGUCACCAUUAACAGCAUCAGCGGUCCUUCCGCUAUAGCAGAUUUGCCACGCUUACCGAUGAAAAGUGUCGGCGGUAGUGGUGGCAGUGUUGGUGUCGGCGUCGGCAGUGGUGGCGGUGAUGGCAAUCGUUCCAGCGCAAGUAGUGAAGGUUUUUGCGAAAAUGAAGACUUUGGCGGCGACAGCAGUAGCAACAAUCUCUGUGCGGAUGGUGGCCAAACACUUGAUCCGUCACAUGCAUCCAUUGUGGGAUCCGCAAUGCGUUUGGAGUCAACGGAUCCACAACGCACGUUCGCCGCACUGGGCUCCGAUGUACCGGUCAUGGGUGUUGUUGGACCGAGCGGUGCGUCUUCAUAUCAUAUACAAACUACCACUUCACUCUCAUCUGACACUUCAUCGUCUACUUCAAGUUCGUCAUCGAACUCAUCAUCGUCAUCGAUGUUAAUGGGUGCGGCCGGCAUAGAUACCACACCCGAAAUUACAGCAAAAAGUAAUAGCAACAAGCUAAUAUCUGUAGGAGAUGUUAGACGUUUAUCGAAAGAUGAAUCAUUUCCCUCGUCAUCUGAUGAGUUUAACACACAAGAUUCGCCAACUGCAGUUAAGCCAGACGAGCUAACGGCAGUGGCGAGCACAUCUGCGGCCGCGGCGGCUUCGUCAGCGUUAACGGCGCAAGUGUCAACAGUUCCGUUACCAAUAUCAAAUGCAAAUAAACAAACGCUGCCCGCUAACACAUUCACUGCUAAUGUGCAUGCCGCAGCUGCAGCAACAGCAGGAAAUCAACCGUUAGCGUCCACCUCAAACGCCGCACAACAAAUGGGUGCCACGGGUGGCAACGAGAAGCCGCACGUCUUCUCGAAUGUACGUCCCACUGAGGAUGCUUGGGACAUACUUUUGGCGCGCUCAGAAGGUCUACAUGCGCACGGUCAUGGGCGAGAAGCGUGCAUAUUAGCUGUACGUUUGGCUGAAGAAAUGUUGGCAAAUCCACCCAACUUAAUGGUGGAACUACCGCAGAUGCCGAAGCGAAAAGGUAAAAAUAAAAACAUAAAUCCCAUUUCACAUCAUCUAACUGUGCUGGCGUCGUCCACUUUGGCAAAAUGUGCUUUCCUGUGUACGGUACUGUCGGAGAACUCGGAGCACUAUCACAUUGCAUUCAGAAUUUGUCUGUUCGCAUUGGAAAUGCCACGCCCACCGGCCAGCACAAAACCGCUCGAGGUUAAAUUGGCCAAUCAGGAAGCUGACAUACUCAUGCUACUGCGGAAGAUACCACUUAACGAGCCGGAGCUUCAAGUGAUACGUGAACGCGCUGAAUGCCUACGUAACGGCACUUUGAAAUCACGCGGUGAAGCAUUGCUACCCAUAAAUUUGGCUACAUUCAUAUUUGAUGCGCUAGUUAUGCCCGUGAUAAUUAUUAAAGAGCCUCGCACUUCCCCACUAGGCCACAUGUUGUAUCGUCCGCGUACUGACGAAAACUUGGGUUUCGAAGCCGCUGUAGCCGCUUUGGGACUAAAAGCCAACGUCUCGGAAGCUGAGCAUCCGUUGCUGUGCGAGGGCACACGCCGUCAACGUGGCGAACUGGCAUUACUUCUGCUCUGUUGCUACAAAGAUGAACCACGUAAAAUCGCCAAGAUCAUGGAGAAACUACUGGAUCGUGAGAUACAUGUUUUGUUGAAGACACCUUUGCUGCCAGCCUAUUAUUCGAACAACCCGCCGGUCCGCACCGCUGCAUCGUCGAUGUCGCGUCGUGAGGAGCAUGAAUAUGCCAAUGCCAUCAAUGGUGGUGCACACAAUGCCAACCCGAAUGAUAUGUUCCCAUCAGACUACGGUUCUGUAGGUGGCAAUAGUCGGCCGCAUAGUUCAACCAGCGCGGAAUUAGAGGUAGGCAUGAGUGCGCUGAGCGUUUCGUCGUCACAAGGCGGCGGUAGUGGCACGCAAACCAGCGCUACUGGCGGCAAUCAACCGUUGAACGGUUCCAGCGGUCAAACAAACGUCACUAGCGGCGCCACCAGCCGCAGCAAGGAUAGUCGCUACAAGGGCAAACGUGCUUACCCGUCGAUACCCAAUCAGCCAUCGGAGGCCAGCGCUCAUUUCAUGUUCGAGCUAGCAAAGAAUCUGCUCAUUAAAGCCGGUGGCAAUUCAUCCACAUCGCUUUUCACCCAAGCCACCACCAAUCAAGGUCACCACGCUCCACAUCGUGCAUUGCAUAUAUGCGCCUUUCAGCUGGGGCUCUAUGCGCUAGGUUUGCACAACUGGGUCAGCCCCAAUUGGUUGUCGCGCACCUACUCAUCGCACGUCUCUUGGAUACUGGGUCAGGCGAUGGAAAUCGGCGCACCCGCCAUCAGUUUUCUCAUCGACACAUGGGAGGGUCAUUUGACCCCACCCGAGGCCGCCGGCAUGGCCGAUCGUGCUUCACGCGGUUGGGACAACAAUAUGGUAUAUCCGGGGGCUGAACUGGCGUUGUCAGUGCUACCACACGCCGCUGCACUGAAUCCCAACGAAAUUCAACGCGCCAUCUUGCAGUGCAAAGAACAGAGCGAUCACAUGCUUGAGCGCGCCUGCAUCACCGUUGAGAAUGCCGCCAAGGGUGGUGGUGUCUAUCCGGAAGUGCUAUUCCAAGUGGCACGUUACUGGUAUGAGCUGUACGGUCAUAACACACCGAACAAUGAACACGAACAACACGACGAUCAAUUAGAUCAUUCUGCAGUUAGUCUGAGCGCGCUCAUUGAGUCGCAACAACAUCAUGAAAUGCAACAACAAAUGCAGGCGCAAGUGCAGGCACAACAGCAGCCGCAAGGUGGCAUGGUCGGUCCACCGCCGGUCAUGCCGACCGCACCACCGGGUGGUCCCAAUGCACCCGGUCAGGUUGUGGUCAGCACAGCGCCCCAACCCUUCCAACAAGGUGUCGCCACAUUGGCACCCAUAGCCUUGCCACCAUACCCGCCGUAUAGUUUUUGCCAAAAUCUAUACCAUCACAAUAUCACCACCUAUCCGGGUAACCAAAUGCAAAUGUACAUUUCAGCCGGACCACCGCCCCCACAAGCAUAUCCCGGUUACCAGCCAACACAAGCGCAACAGCAAAAUGCGUCCGCCAUGCAGCCGAGUGGCUCUGCGCAGCCAAACUCACCGUAUGUGCAUCAACCGAAUGCGCCGAGCGGUGGUUUUCCACCACAAAUGCCACCUCAACAGUUGCAACCACAGGCAUACCAAGGGAUGCAGUGCGGUGCUGGUGGCGCGCCACCUACCGGUUUCAUGCCACAACUCGGUCAAGGUGGACAACCGCAAAUACCGCCACAAAACAUGCAGAAGGUUGCUGCAGCUGCUGCCGCUGCCGCCGCCGCUGCAGUGUACUUUGCGCCACCACCGCAUCAGCAAGCGCCACCGCAGCAUCCCGCACAAGCAGCGGCAGCCGCCAACGCGGCUAUGGCGCAACAUCAAAUGCGUCAGCAACAGCAGCAAGGCGUUUACCCGCCGUUUGUGCCACAGCCGUCGGUCCACGCGGCACCACCACAACCACCACUGCGCCAACGACAUCCACACCAAUUCACUUCAACACAAUUGCGCUAUCUACUCGCCGCCUACAAUGUGGGCAUGUUGGCUAUGGAGACAUUGGCGCGUCGCGUGCAUGACGACCGUCCGCAAGCGAAGUAUGCACGCAAUCCACCGUAUGGUGAGGAUGUCAAAUGGUUGUUGCGCAUCUCCAAGAAGCUGGGCACACAAUAUCUGCAUCAGUUCUGCGUCUGCGCCGUCAAUUCGAUUGUCAGUCCGUUUGUGUUGCACGAUGUAGCCAUCGAAUCGGCACAUUAUCUGGGUCGCAACAAUCACCAGUUGGUAAUGCAGCAUUUGCGCUCGGCUUUGACACCGCUGGUGCAGAAGUGCCAACAAAUGUACAUUCAGUGCAUACAUCAGAAGUUAUACCAUCUGACGCAGGCUGACUAUGAGGACUUUGCAAGCAUCAUCUUAGCGGCGCGUGCCGCCUUUCAAAUUACACCCGAAGGCAGUGCGCAAUUCAAGGAUUGGCUGCAAUCGAUUAAGAGAUCGAAAUCCUGCAAGAAGGAAUUGUGGACGCAAAUCAAUGCAGCACUGCAAAGCAAUUCCAAAUGACAAAGACUUGAUUCAUUUAGUUUAUCGCAUUCAACAACAACAGCAACAAAAAUCGACAAUUACUUUUCCACCAAUAAUAAUAAUUCAACGACUUCGACAACAACAGCGGCAGCGAGUACAGCCAACGCCCCCCACAAUACAUUGGACAAUGCA